UUUUUGAAAUUUCUGAACCAUUUGAAUAUGCCUUAAUCAAUAUAACAAAUGAUGAUAUCAAACCAACAGCAAUUAUAAAGAAUACAAAAUCAAAUAAAUAUAACGAAUUAUUUAUCAAAGAUGCUACAGUUCCAUCUUAUGUGCAUCAUGUGAAUUACGGAGAUAUAGCCCAUUUUUUAAUGACAAAUAUGUUCUUUAUUGAAGGUGACAGUGGUGCUCCAGUGAUUUCUUAUUCACCGGAUUUACGCACAAUAAGUCUGUGUGGUAUACUUGAUGGAGGAGGUGAUCAAGGGACAGUUGUUACAUCAAUAAAAGGAAUUCUUGAACAUAGUAAUUUAGAACUUAUAACGAAUAUUGGCAAUUAG